UCCAGGGCAGCGCUCACACAAGAAGUUGUAUUAUUAUAAACCAAGGAGAAGGAGCAUCACCUGCCACUUUCACCUGCGGGCAUCAAUCACGCUGGGACGUACGUCGCUUUCCUGACACGACACUUUUAUCUGAUUGGCCGGAGCGUGGUUUAGGGGCGGGCUCUGCGUGGCCUUCGCUGAAAUCCCAUUGGCCGAGAGCCGCCUUGGUCGACGUGACGCAGCUUGGAAUUCCCAAAGUUCCCAAGUUCACGGGAAGAGAGGAGCGUUGUUCAUUUUUAUAAAACAAAACGAGUAGAAGGGAGAAAACAGCCAGCGACUGAAGUUUAAGCAAGUUGGGUAAAUAAAACGCCUUCUUUUGGUUUUAAUUUGAUACAGCCGAGCGUGUGUGCGGAGCGCUUGCUAACAGCUGGGCCUGAGUGAAAACGCGGAAGAGUGGGAGUGGGAAUAUUCAGCCUACCAUCCUUUGUUUACCAUCAUGACUGAGCCUUCAAUUUGGUUGCUACAAGAGCAGUAGCCCCCGAAAUUGGCCUCUUAGGUGUGCAAAAGUGAAGCUCGGCGCGCAUAGUGUUGCAGACAGGAUAUCGCAAAGCUGAAUCGGUCCCGUGCGGUGCCAAAUCGAGCCUGACGAGGGCGAUGUCUGACCACAGCAACAGCACGGGCAGCACCGGCUCCUCAACCAACAGCUGGACCCUCCUCUCCCCCGAGGAAGCCGCCAUUGAGAAUGUCGGACCCGUGGAUGACGGGACAGAGAGCCUGGGCGACGUCCCCAGUCUCUCCGAGGAGCUGGCAGGAGCCGCUGCCGAGUUCAAACCGGGCGACAUUCCUGUAGAAACUGUUCUGUCUGAGGAAGGCCAUCAGGUUUGUACACAGUUAACUGCUGCAUGCAGAAAUCCAGACAAGGUGUGUCAAGAAACCUCCCCAGAGUCAAGCGAGGGUCCCAUCCCGUCUAGCCCAGCCAGGAUGAGCCCUCCUCCACCUAACCCCCUCGACCCUCUUGACCUCGACCUCGAGAGUCAACCUCCAAUCAUCCACGAUAUCGUGACCAGCUCCCCCAGCGACAACGAGCACCUGGGUGCCAUGCCGUUUGUCACCAACAUGGAUUUGGGGGCCCAGCUGGACAUUCAAGCUGAGGAGUCCUGCUCAGCUCCUCCAGUGACUGAGAUCCCUGCCUCUGUAGAACACGUGCUAGACACGGCUGCUGAAGUUGGCCCGAGUCCUGCUGGGGAGAGCCGUGCUUUCAGCGCUGAACCCGAGGUUGACAUCCCCACAGAGACCCUUACAGCCACUGAGCUUCCCUCUCAUGUUGAGGCUGAUACAAGUUUUAUUCCAGAGAACACUGAGCCACUAAGCCAGGUCCCCGAGAGCUUGGUGGCAGAACAUCUCAAUGACCAAAGUCCUGCGCCAGAGACUGUUGGUUCAGUGGAGGCGGAGGAGGAGGAGGAGGAGGAAGAGGAGGAGGAGGAGGCAACUAAGCCGUCUGAGACACUGGUGGAAGGUGAAGGAGAGGAGGAAGAAGAAGAAUUACCUCUGUCGGAGCCACCAGGCGGUUUCGAUGUGGGCGACACGAGCGGCUUUGACGAUGGGCUGAGGAGGAGGAACGUGCCCUACUUCGAAGGACCAAGACCGAGGACAUCGGACGAGGAAGAUGAGGAAGAGGAAGUGGAAUUUAAAAUGGCGGAAAGGCAGGAGGAAAAGCCGUGGUUGUCCAUGAACAAAUGCAUCGUGGCGGCUCUGGUCCUGCUCUUCUUAGGUUCCCUGUUUCUCUCAGGUUUCCUCUCUGACCUGGAUAAUGGUGACUUUGACGCCUCUGAGCUGAGUGAUGGAGAACAAAGCCAGGACUGGCUUAGCGGUGAUCCACAGGAUAUGAAAGAGCUAUUGGAUAAACUGACGCAGGAAAACCAGCAAAUCACUCAGCUAGAAGCCCAGCUACGGUCUCAGAAAGAAGAACUUGACGCCACACUGGAGGCAGCGGCAGCAAGUGGCGAUGAAAAGGGUAAAGCAGAUUUGGAAAGAGAAAACGCAAAGUUGAAAGAGGAGCUGUCAUCUCUACCUGAGCUGAAGCAAGAGCUGCAGAGUCUGAGGUCCAGGGUGACCGAACUCAGUCAGCUCCAAGCUGAUCAGGGAGUACUCCCGGCUCCUUCUAGUUCAUCCUCCCAGCCUGAUACCAAAGAUGACCAGAGUAACCGGAAAGCGGCUGGACCAGAGAGGAGGAAGGACGCAAACGAGGGAGCGAAGCUGAAAGAAGAACUCCACCGGCAGAAGGUUCUUUUGGAGGAGAGCAAGAAAAGGCUGGAGGGGAUGAAAAAAGAUGGAGGAGACAGAAAACAAGUCAGGGACAACUUGGAGGAGAUCCAGAAGAAACUCUCAGAGCAGGUCGAGAGGUGGGGGAAGAAGAAGGAGCCGCAGGACUCCAAGUGGAAGGGGAACAAAGGCAAAAACAACCAGCGGGACCACCACAAGAAAGAGGAGAAGAAGGAGUGGCGAGGAGAGAAAGAAUGGAAGCACGGCAAGGAGGAGAAGAAGGAGAAGGAGUGGAAGUCUCAGAAACAAAACUCCCACAAAGAAGCCUGGAGGAAACACCAGGAUGAGUGGGAGAGGAAGAAGGGCGAGCGCAGAGUGGACAGGGAGGAGAGGAGGAAGGAGAAACCGUGGCACAGCCCGCCGGGUAAAAACUCCCACGGGCCUCAUCAUCAGCACCAACAUCACCACCACCACCACCAGCACCGACAGGCUCACCAGCACCACCACAACGACUUCUGGAGAGACCAGGAGCAGAAGCUCCAACGCAACGUGCGCCCCCAGCUCGGCUGCACCUCUGUGGAGGACUGCGCCGCCAAGGAGGGGCUCUACCCGGUGGAGCUGUCCGAGUUCGAGGAGCUGCUGGAGGGCUACCUGAGCAAGCUCGAAGGCUCCUCGUCCGAGAGCAAGGACAAGAUCAGGAAGCUGACCGAAGACUUCUUCGAGGGCGGCGUGUUCAUCCACGACCGGGUGCGCUUCAGCGACUUCGCCGAGGACGUGGCGGACAUCCUGGAGGACAUGGUGGACGUUGUGGAGGGCAACGGGCAGGAGGACGAUGACUCCCUGGAGGAGGCCAUGGAGGAGUUUGAACGAGAGGCGCUGUGGAAGUUCGCCGCCACAGCUUAAAGACACACGGAGGGAAGGGGUGAAGAUACAGCACAAGUGGUGGUUUUAUAGGACAUUUCUUGCCUAACUUCUCGUCUUCGGAGCUGUAAUUGUAGUCGCUUCUGGUACAGAGUGGUUGUGCCUCUCAUAAAUGUAUCCCUCUGAGUCUCUAAUUAUAAGCUACACUUGUAUUUGUCAUUUUUGACUUAGUUGUUGUUACCUACCUCUGUCAGGUCAGGCCUCCUGCAGUAACGUGUUGUGUGAAUUCUCCUCCGCUGUUUAGUACUUCACAUAGUGCAUGUUACGGUCCAUAAUGUAAAUUUAAACUGAUUAUAUUCAGAUCACAAAGAACCGGGUCUUAAGGAGAUGGCAUUUCCAAAUUAUCCUGCUAAUCGACACUCAGCAGUACAAGCUGUGAUUAAUAGAAAACAUGUGUAAUUGGCUGUUAAAUUUAUUUAUUUUAUUUUUUUUUUCACACUCCAGGGAAAGUUAAAACAAAUUUUUUGCUGAGGCCAUUUGCCUCAAGUCGGGUGUGACUGUCCAGACCCUGCCGAUGAGAUCACAGUUGUUUCAGUGAUAAGUAUCAGAUCAGGUUAGACCAGUUUGGUUUCAGCUGCUCUUCGGUAGAAAUGGACAGGAAAAAGAAGGACUGUGGACCGUUUGAUAGCCCGAAGCGUUUGGCUUUUACAUUUCAAAAGACCUUAAACUGUCAGUAGGCAGCAGAUGUGUGGAACAACCAGAAGGUACUCUGUGAAACAUCAGCGCUGCUAAAAAAAACAAACAAGUAAAUAAAAAUUAAAUGAAGCAAUAGGACAAAGAGAUAGCCAUAGUUAAAUUGAUAACAGCUAAACCACUUUAGCACUUUUUUCAGACGUUUGAGAGACAUUUUCUCACUUUUCAUUUCUUUUUUCUUUAGUUGUCUCUAAUAUUUUUUUUAUUUUUUUUAUUUUAAAUAACGGGGACCUCUAGCGUCUGCUUUUACUGGGGAUGUGAGGCUCUUAGUGGUCAGUGAUCUUCAGUAAUUCACCAAAAUGAGAUUAGAAACCAAACCAGUAUUUUCUUCUUUAUUUGCUUUUCAUUUGUUUUCCUCACAAGUAAAUAAUAACCUGAUGUGCACCGAGGUGAGUUAGGUGUAGUUUUUUGGACAGUAAUUAGCGUUGCAUUGCAUAUUAUACCGUUAAAAGAAAAAAAAACCCAUAGGAGCUUUACUUUUAAUGUAGAAAAACUUGUUUUUGUCUUUUACUUUUUCAUUCUAGUAGAAUCCACUGAUUCCCUCUUAGUGGAUGUGAAGUCAGAAAAGACAGAUAGUGAUUGUUCUAAUCGAAAGAAGCUUUGGAGUGUUUUAUUUAUUCUGUCACUACACUGCAACUCUCUACUCUUAUUUUUAACGAGAAGAAGCCCAGACCACGUCCCAGGACAGACCACGUGGAGACUUUCAGAAAUUUAGCUUUUCAACUGCUGCUUAUGUGCCUUUAUGAUUAUUACUAUCUUAGAUUGGACUGAAGGUCUUUGAUUUAAGAUUAAGAAGACAACAAGUUUACACUACUUGGGAUCUUACUGCUGUUCACAGGGCAGGGGAUGAAUGUCGUAGAGUUUACACGUUAAGUGUCCGACUAAUUUUCGUUCAACGUUCUCUGCUGUUUGUAGAGGUGAAGUGUUUUUUCUUUCUGAAGGUUUCUAGACCAAAGGGGUGGAAAAGAAAGCAUGCUGUAAUCUCAACAUAAUGAAGCACGUGCAGUUAACAAAACUUUAAUCAAUAUUUGAGUUUUUUUUUUUUUUUGUCUUUGUGGGACAACAGUAGGGCUCGGCUCAGACAUGGAUGUAAUUGAUCCUUGAAUCAUUUGUAAUUUCUCCCAUUAUCAGUUGUGUCCUCUUUUAAGAAAUCAAGUUCAAUAAAAUUUUUCAAC